GCAUCAUGGGGGACGUUGUUCAAAUGCACUUCAGCACAGUGGAUUAUGUGAUUUUUGCUGUGCUGCUAGUGGCCUCCACUGGAAUCGGCCUUUACUAUGCCUUCUCAGGGGGUCGCCAGAGGACCACACAGGAGUUCCUGCUGGCCGACCGCAGCAUGCGCUGCCUUCCGGUGUCCCUUUCGCUGCUGGCCACCUUUCAGUCAGCGGUGGCCAUUCUGGGUGCUCCAUCUGAGAUUUACACACAUGGCACGCAGUACUGGUUCCUAGGCUGCUCCUACUUCCUGGGCCUGCUCAUCCCUGCACACAUUUUCAUACCGGUUUUCUAUCGGCUCCGCCUUAGCAGCGCCUACGAGUAUCUGGAGCUUCGUUUUAGUCAAAGCGUUCGGAUAUGUGGCACUGUGACCUUCAUCUUUCAGAUGGUUAUCUAUAUGGGAGUUGUUCUGUAUGCUCCCGCACUUGCACUAAAUGCAGUAACAGGUUUUGACCUUUGGGGGGCAGUACUAGCCAUGGGAUUGGUGAGCACACUUUAUACAGCAUUGGGUGGUCUGAAAGCAGUGAUCUGGACAGACGUGUUCCAGACAAUCGUGAUGUUUGCAGGGCAGCUGGCAGUGAUCGUGGUAGGUACCCACCAGGCUGGUGGCAUCGCCGAAGUAUGGAGGAAAGCACAAAACGGCAGCCGUAUCUCAGGCCUUGACCUGAACCCUGACCCCUUAGAAAGGCACACGUUUUGGACUCUAGGAGUGGGGGGUGUUUUCCUCAUGCUGGCCCUGUAUGGAGUGAAUCAGGCUCAGGUCCAGAGAUACCUCAGCUCCCGCACAGAGAAAGAGGCCAUCAUGUCCUGCUAUGCUGUGUUUCCAUGCCAACAGAUCGUGCUCACAUUGGGCUGCUUAAUGGGUCUUGUUAUGUUUGCUCGAUAUGGGGAGGAGAGCCCCCUGGAUAAGGGCUACGUCAAAACAAAUGACCAGAUGGUGCUGUACUUUGUAAUGGAUGUGUUAAGAGAUCUUCCUGGUUUACCAGGACUGUUUGUUGCCUGCCUGUUUAGUGGAGCUCUCAGUACAAUCUCAUCUGCCUUCAACUCCCUGGCAACGGUUACCAUGGAGGACCUGAUUAAACCACAUGUCCCUGUCAUGACGGAGGCUCGUGCCACCCUGUUAUCAAAAAUGUUGGCUAUUGGCUAUGGGCUUGUGUGUCUAGCCAUGGCGUACCUCGCAUCCUUAAUGGGCUCUGUGCUGCAGGCGGCACUCAGUAUAUUUGGGAUGGUGGGAGGACCUCUUCUUGGCGUUUUUUGUCUUGGCAUGUUUUUCCCUUGGGCCAAUUCCACUGGUGCUCUGGUUGGACUGGCAUCAGGGCUGGUCAUGGCUUUCUGGAUCGGUAUCGGCAGCUUUGUUUCACGAAUGGCUACAUCUGCACCACCUGUGAUAAAUGCCACCAUCAUACCUGAUAUAGGAAACAUGACAACAGCUGUCAUGACGACGCUCAUCACAGCUAAACCCAGGCCUACUGGAGUUCAGGCUCUGUACUCUUUAUCAUACAUGUGGUACAGUGCUCAUAAUUCUACUACGGUUGUGGUGGUGGGACUACUGGUCAGUUUUCUGACAGGGCCUUGGAAGGAGAAGGACUUAAACCCAGGUACGAUUUACCCUGUGCUUGGCAAUUUACUAUUCUUUCUGCCCCAACGGUACAAGGAGAAACUAUGCUGUGUAACCCCACUGGAAGACAAGUUUCUAUGCUAUAGUCCAAAGUUCUGGACCACCAGCCUUACCAGAUGGCCCAGAAAGAGAUCAACGGUGUUGCCUGCACUAAAGAGGAAGACAAGAUCAGGGAAGAGGAGGGAGUACAGAUAACCGCCCAGCCAACUUGUAACCUGGCCCAUACGGUACAGGAAACGGCUUUGUGAAAUCUCACACUUAGUUUCCCUCAGGCUUAAGGAGGAAAACAUCUGUUAAGAUGUCAAAUUUAUAAAAUCUCACUGUUCCCUCCUGCUACAUUGGGUAAGAACCCUAAGUCCAUAAGCUGUGGUUUGUGUCAUGGGCCCUCUGCAAAACUGAUACGCUGUGCCCUGAACUGCCAGCGAUGGAGGUGAGGGGUUGUCCUGUUUAUAUGUGAUACUUUAUGAUGUCAGUGGUCUGUCAUAAAAAUCGUAUUGUGUUUGAGACACUGUUAAACAAAUUGAGAUGUGCUGAGCUAAUGUGACACAACUAAAUCUUUUAGUUUACAUGUCCUAAAUUUAAUCUUAAGAUUACUUACUUAGAUUACUUAGUUGAAUAUUGCUGGGUCGUGAUAUACGCUCACGCACAAAUCAAAGAAUAUGCUGAACGCCAGGUUUAAGAUGGAUGGUCGAUCAUGACAAGGACCGCGGUUUGCACAAAUAUUUCGUUGUUUAAUGUCACUGCCAUUCAAGUGUCGAGGUUUUUCUCUCCCAAAGAUUUAGUUUCGUCCAAAGUUCACUACCAUUCGCCUUUCCAUUCUGUUUGCCUUUGAAAGCGCUACAGUCGAUGUGUUCACUAGACCGAGUAAAAAGUUUACAGCGAAUGAAGAAUGGCUAGUAUCGAAAAAUGUAAAUGUAGUGAACUUUCAUCGUGUCAUCUGCAGUGGAGAAGUGCCAUAUUGUGAUGAAUCUAAUGCAUGUUUAAUCUGUAGUUACCUCUUUGAAGCCCAUUGUUUGUGACAAGUGCCUCCUCAUAUGAAUGUAUGAUGUAGUUUUGUGACUGGAUUGCUUCUUUAGUUUGUCGUUUCAUAGUCUAACCCAAAUGGAGCAUGGCCCACUCUGAUAGGAUGGUU